AUGAUCCCAGAAAAACAGAUCACCACCAAGGCAUUUGUUGUCGAGGAGCCAGGGGCACCGUUUGUUCUGCAAGAUGUUGUUUUGGACGAAGUCCGGGCGAAUGAGGUCCUGGUAGAAAUGAAGUACACAGGGCUGUGCCACACGGAUAUAGCUGUCCAACAUGGCGAAAUCCCCGUGGGCGCCUACCCAGCUGUUCUAGGUCACGAAGGCGCCGGCAUCGUCCGCCGAAUCGGCGGCAACGUGAAAGACAAAACCUUACAUGAGGGCGAUAUGGUCUUCCUGAGCUUCAGUUCCUGCCUCGAAGCGAACUGCUCUCCCUGCCAAGAGGGCCGAUGUGGCUUCUGUCCGCAAAUAACGGAUAUCAACUUCGGCGGAGCACGCGGCAUGGAUGCUGCGAAGUCGCCGAUUUCUUUUCCGGAUAAGCAGCGCCCGCCCAUUCGGGGACAGUUCUUUGGACAGUCUUCCUUGAGUAAGUUGGCUGUUGUAAAGGAGACUUCUGUCGUCAAGUGUCCGUCCGGUUCGGGGUCUGGGGCCUCUGCGCUCACUGUCGAUGAUAUGGCUUUUCUUGCGCCGCUGGGAUGCGGGUAUCUCACUGGUGCAGGCACGGUAUUUAACGUUUUGAAACCGAAGACUACGAGCCGAUUUGCCAUUCUGGGUAUGGGUGCUGUGGGCUUGGCAGCUAUGUUCGCAGCUCGAGAGUUGGGAGUUGAGAAUGUUAUCGCAGUUGAUAUCGUGGACGCAAAGCUUGAGCUAGCCGCGUCUCUGGGUGCAUCGCACACGCUCAACACCACAAGGGUCCCAGACCUCGUUCAGGGACUUCGAGAUCUAUUCCCGGAUGGUGUCGAUCAUGUCCUCGACACAACGGGCGUGGUGCCUCUGCAGGAAGCGUCGGUCAAGGCCCUGGGCCAUGAAGGAACUCUGGCUAUUGUUGGCGUCGCUCCGAAAGACGCCGAACUCAAAAUCCAUCCGUUGGAGUUUAUGAUGUCCUGUAAACGGGUCCUGGGUGUUAUUGAGGGGUGCUCGAGUCCUGUUUCGCUCAUUCCCAAGCUGGUUGAUCUUUACCAGCAGGGGAAGUUCCCUGUUGAUAAGCUAUGUAAGGUGUAUGACACGGGUUCAAUGGAGCAGGCAUUGCAGGACCUACGGUCAGGCAAGGUCAUCAAGCCGAUAAUUAAGUGGAUGAAUUUAUAG